AUGCCCAUCAAGCAACUCGACACGCCAUACCCUGUGAUUGACGCGGAUCCGCACUUUUCGCGCGUGGUUCGCAGCUUCCGCACCUCAGACUAUGCUGCGAUGGCGGGAGCGACGGCUGCGUUUCCGUCGGCCAUCUACAUGAUGGAGAUGUUUGAUCCAACACGACCCAAACGCGGGCUGGGCAGCGCGCUGCGUCUAUCGACGUUUUUGGGACUGUGCGGUGGAUUCCUGUUUGCAUACCAGAGGAGCUCGUUCCGAUUCUGGGGUUGGAGGGAAAACGAAAUCGAGCAGCAAGCGCACCAGGCCGCUAUCGACGCAGGCGUCAAGCCUCCCGGCACGGAUCCUAGCAAGAGCGACUUGACGCCAUAUCUGCAGGGUGUCGCGCACAGGAACAGCGCCUUUUCGCAGUUGAAAUUCAGCACACUUCCUUGGUUCAAUCUGGUCGACCACCCAUACCACGGCAACAACUCGCAGGAGUCGUCCUAG